UGUCAAAUCCCUCAGCACACAGACACAGCUCACUCUCUCGAAAGGAGGGAGCGAGGCAGAGACACGCAGAGAGAGAGAGCGAGUGAGCAGGGAUCGAGAGGAGCAGGAGAGGAGGCUAUCGUCUGGCUUUCACUAAAAGGUCUGUGACCGGGUUUUUCCUGCGCUUGUUUGCCUAAUUUAUUCCUGCGGGGGCCGGCAGAGAGAAAGGCAGAGAGGAAGAAAAAAAAAAAGGACAGACGGAAUGGUAAAGAGUGCAACAGAACACCGUGACUCGCUGACAGGGAAUGCAGAACGGUUCUGGCCUCUGGUUGUUAGCGCUGGAUGGACAAGCACUGACAAAACGAGAGAAGAGAGGAGCCUAUGACUGAGGAGAGUGUUGAACUCGGCUUUUGUUUUGGCUUGUUGUUUUUUCUGUGACAUCUGAGCCUCUGACACCACAAACUCUGGAGAGUUGGAGGAGCCACAAGAAAACGUCAUUUAACCAAAGACAACAGACGAGGACGAAGUCCUUUCACGAACUCCGUUGCUGCAGAAACCACAUUUUCGAGGACUAAAAAAAACCGAGGGUAUUGUCUUUCUCACCACGCUUCCAAAUUGAAUAUCAAGGGGGGGGGGGGUCAUUGUCUGCAUAUGGUUCAUUUCAGGGCACAAAUGUGUUUCUGAGCCAAACUACUAUGUGUGUAUAAAAGCUAAAGUUUGUUUACUCUCAGAAAACCAAAGACAAGGACAGAAUCCAAUUCCAAAACUCCCCAGACUUUUUUUCUUUUUCGCAUUAAAUUUCCAAAACAAAAUAAGGUCUUAUUUCUUCCUCCUCAUCACUUUCCCUUCAAUUACAGCCUCGACAAGUUAAGAGUGCGUCUGGACUAGAACUGCCUCAGAUCGGCAGAUAACACCUCUGCACAGCAGGAACUGGUUGGACUAGUUUAAAAGUUGGAAGAGAGGGCAGGGCAGUUUAACCCUGCCUGAAGGAGACCUGUGUUAUUUCCCUCCUACUUGCUUGUCCUUUUGGGAGAAAGUCAUGCGCUGAGAGAGAGAGAGAGAGAGAGGCUGUCCUUCUUUUUGUUUUUGGAGACUGACUCGUUUUCUCCCUCGCCGCUAUGCUUAUGGAUAGGUGAGGUUUUUUUUAACUUCUUCCUGGGGGGGAGAUAGAGAGAGAGAAAGUUAGAGGGAGAAGGAGGGAGUAAUUUAUUGUUUCCUGUGAAAAGAGCAAGGCUGCGCCCUUUUCUCCUGCAUGAACUCUGAACCACUAAAUGUGUGUCUGAAGUUUUCUCAGACCUUGGGAGCCAUUGAUCGGAGGUCAGGGCAGAGAACAGAGGGGUGAAAGACAAGAGCAGAGCGAGCAGGGGGAUUAAAGAAGAGAGAGAGAAAACCGCACUGGGAAGGACCUCCAGGUCAGUCUCAGCAGACGGCGGAGGAGCGUAAGGUCAACACGGAGGAGCCGGGACAACUUUUCAUCACAUUUUUGGACAAAACCUUCCGUGAAUUAAAAACCUGGAACCACGGUCUUCAAGUGUGGAAGCAAUUUUUUAGACUUAGAGGGUAACUAGGAGCUGAGGGCACAGGGCGGGUCUGUGAAUGAUCCAUUCACAGGACUGCACGUCUCAGAGAAUAUGGCCAUGGUGAGCGGGGGAUGGGGCAACCCCAAUGGGGACACUAAUGGACUGGGGGAGAAGGCUUACCUGAAGAGGGAGGAGGAGGACGGAUCGCCCCAGGCCGGCAGCAGCGACGUGGACGUCGGGGACGAGGACAAGGCAUGCGUGGUGGACUGUGUGGUGUGUGGGGACAAGUCCAGUGGGAAGCAUUACGGCGUGUUCACCUGCGAGGGCUGCAAGAGCUUCUUCAAGAGGAGCAUCAGGCGGAGCCUCAACUACUCGUGCAGAUCGAAUCGAGAAUGUCAGAUCGACCAGCAUCACCGGAACCAGUGCCAAUACUGUCGGCUGAAGAAAUGCUUCCGAGUUGGGAUGCGAAAAGAAGCUGUCCAGCGAGGUCGUAUCCCUCCGUCUCACUCGGGGAUCAGCCCCAACUCCCUGGCAGGUGGAGUUGGGGGUGCGGGGCCCGGUCACCUUGGGGCCGAGUAUUUCAACGGGCAGCCGGUUUCAGAUCUCAUCUCCCAGCUCCUCCGGGCUGAGCCGUAUCCCAGCAGCCGUUACGGGGGCCCCUACAGCCAGGCACAGAUGCAGACAUCUGCGAGCGGGGCCUCCGUCAUGGGCAUCGACAGCAUCUGUGAGCUGGCCGCCCGCCUCCUCUUCAGCACCAUUGAGUGGGCCAGGAACAUCCCAUACUUCCCAGAGCUGCCAGUUUCAGAGCAGGUGGCGCUGCUGAGGCUGAGCUGGAGCGAGCUCUUCAUCCUGAAUGCGGCUCAGUCGGCUCUGCCCCUGCACAUGGCUCCUCUGUUGGCCGCGGCUGGUUUCCACUCGUCUCCCAUGUCCGCCGAGCGUGUGGUGUCCUUCAUGGACCAGGUCAGGGUUUUCCAGGACCAGGUGGACAAGCUGAACCGGCUGCAGGUGGACUCAGCUGAGUACAGCUGCCUCAAAGCCAUCGCACUGUUUUCUCCUGAUGCAUGUGGUCUGACAGACCCGGCCCAUGUGGAUUCCCUGCAGGAGAAGGCCCAGGUCGCCCUGACAGAGUAUGAGAGAAUGCAGUACCCCAACCAGCCUCAGAGAUUCGGCCGGUUACUCCUGCGUCUCCCUGCUCUGCGCGCCGUGCCGGCCAACCUCAUCUCUCAGCUCUUCUUCAUGCGUCUGGUGGGCAAGACGCCCAUCGAGACGCUGAUCCGAGACAUGCAGCUAUCAGGGAGCUCCAUCAGCUGGCCCUACGUCCCGGGACAGUAAACCCCCGGUGACGACCAGAGUGAGAUGGACUGAGAUCAGAUGGGAAGUUCCCAGAGACGACACACUCGUACAAAGAGAAUGUUAUGAACACAAACUAAGUGAUCAGUUUUUCCUCACUUAAGCCUUGUACAGUUCGGUGGUAGUCGCACCAGAAAACAAAAAUGUACAUUUGUUUGACGCACUUGACAGUUUUGUCCUCCGAUCUCUCUUGGUCUCACUCUGGAUAGAGGAAAAACAGGGCUUUAAUUAAAAUUCAGACUCUUACAUGAGGCCAUGUGCCUAUACUACCUCCUUCCACAUCACCUCAUAUGUGACUCGGUGUGAACCCAGGCCCGAGUGUUUUCCCUCUGCUUUGUCUUUGAGUCCAAAUGAAGCCAUAGCGGUGCCACUUUCCACAGACAUCGUUCAAGUUGUGUCAUGUUUGAUAUGUGGAUGAAAUAUCAGACGUUUUUACCAAAUGUAUUUGUGAAGACUGCAAAAUGUCACCUUGCACAGCGUUGAAAACAAAGAAGAGGUGUGAGCAUAGUACUACAGGUUCUACUCUGUAAAGUACUACCAGUGUGCCAGAUGGGAAAUGUUAAAGUAUCGUACACGAAGCUUCAAAUGAUUGUAUCUUGAGGAAGAUUAUUGUGGGCGACCAGUGUAAGGAUGGGACGCUCAAUAGGCUACCAACGUUUGGAAGCUGUGUCGAGAUUCCGAAAUGUACCUUCCCUCCCUGCUGGAACAAGCUGAGUGGAGCGCUAACGUUGUGCUCGUGAUUCACGUUCAUUAUCAUGAGCACGAUUGGCUGGAAAGACAUCACGUGAGAUGAGAUGUGCAAACACAGACGUGAUCCUUGUUUUGCUAUCCAGCAGAAGUGUCAUCAAAAUAUCGUACGAAUAGGAUAAUUGUCGUACAUCUGGCAACACUGAGUACUACCAAGAAAUAUUUUGUAUGGUAUAUAUUUAAAGGCAUAGCUAAGCAUUUUGUGGAUUAAAGUUUAUUUGCUUUCUUGCUGAGGGUCAGAUACAAAGACUGACACCAACCUCAUGUCUGUACAGUAGCUGGCUAGCUGAUGCUAAUAACUUCCAGCAACUCUUAAGCUUGCUAGCUAACAUGCUAUAUACAUUUUUUUUCCUAUUGCACAUAACCCUGCAUACACUUGUUAAGAUUUUACGCUUUUUGUUUUAGCAGCGAUGCCGGCGGAUAUUUUGUCUAUGACCAAAACGAGGCUAGCUGCUUCCCUGUCUUUCCAGUCUUUACGCUAAGCUAAGCUAAACAGCUGCUGGUUCCAUCCUCCUAAUGGCUCUGAGGGUGGAAUCCAUCUUCUCAUCCUCAACAAGAAAGCAAACAACUUUAUUUUCCCAAAGUGCGGAACUAUGCCUUCGAUGUAGAACACGAUAAAGUUGUUCCAGUAGAAAGAGAAGUGGAGGUGAAUAUGCUCGGACACACCCUGGCUCCCUCAGUCACAUCCCUGUCCAACAUUAUUACCUCAUGUUUUAUACAUCAAAGAUUGUAUCGUGAACUGUUCAUGUACUAAUAAUAUAAAGGGAUCAAAUUAUCACUAUCGCAGAAACCACAGACAAUAAUAUUCCCUUAAAAAAAAAACGUCUGUCCUUCAGACUGCAGCCAAAAUAUGUUUUGAGUGUUUUAAAAAACGUAAAGUUGGAUGUAAGAGGGCACGUGAAGUUUAUCGGAUCAUUUUAAAGGGAGCGGCACAGAGUCAAAUUACUCUUGCGCUUUUCUGCUGAAUCUCUGCAGACUGGACAUUGUGUCUUUAGCCUUUGUAAGGGCAGAGGUAGUUCAUUUUGUCACAGGUUUGAUCCCCUUUUCAAAAGCGUGUGCUGGUGCACAGCGGUCACUAUCACAUCGACUCUACGCUUAUGCAAGGUCCUUGCAAGGUCGCGUGUUGAGGUUUAAAGGUUACGUUGUUUGUUGGUACUGAGAUAAAAGGUACGCUCAUGGCUCGGUGUCACACGUGUUGGUCUUUCCACAAUAAUUGACUGAAUGACAAUUUUGGCUUUUAAAGUUUUGUAUCACCUGUUCUUAUAUCAUAUUAAAAAAAAGAAGGUACCAAUGACCACGAUCCCUGAAGCCGCUUAUCAUGCUCUCCUUGAAUCACUCUGUGUUAUUUGUUGGAAUGUAAACUAGUGAUUUGACUGUUUAGCUUUGCAUUUAAAAGAAGUUGUUUCUAUGACCAUGCCAAAACUUAAAAAAAAAAAAAAAAAUGAUGCAAAAGAUGUUCAUAUAGCUGACUGGUUAUUUUUGCAUUUCUGGAAAUAAAAGAAUGCACAUUC